AUGGCUGGAGUGGUGCGCACCCUGAGCCGGUGUUUGCUCCCCGCUGAGACCGGACAGGACCGGAAUAACGGAAAAGAUGGAGUGAAUCAGGAGCGCGAGGCCAAGCGGCGAAGUCGCGAGAUUGAUGCCAUGCUGGCGCGUGAGAGACGCUCUGUCCGCCGCUUAGUGAAAAUCCUGCUGCUGGGAGCUGGAGAGAGUGGCAAAUCCACUUUCCUGAAACAGAUGAGGAUUAUUCACGGACAACAGUUCGAUCAGAAAGCGCUGUUGGAUUUUAGAGACACUAUUUUUGAGAAUAUUAUUAAGGGAAUGAGGGUGUUGGUGGAUGCUCGGGACAAGCUAGGGGUGCCCUGGCGAAACCUGGAAAACGAGAAGCACGGCAUGUUUGUGAUGUCAUUCGAGAACAAAGCAGGCAUGCCCGUAGAGCCCUGCACCUUCCAGCUGUACGUGCCCGCUUUGCAGACACUCUGGGGCGACUCGGGCAUCCAGGAGGCAUAUGGUCGUAGGAGUGAAUUCCAGCUGAGUGAAUCAGUCAAGUAUUUCCUGGAUAACUUAGAUCGGAUUGGUCAACUGAAUUAUGUCCCGAGUCGUCAGGAUAUCCUCCUAGCCCGGAAAGCCACCAAGGGCAUUGUGGAGCAUGACUUCAUCAUCAAAAAAAUCCCCUUUAAGAUGGUAGACGUGGGUGGACAGCGUUCACAGAGACAGAAAUGGUUCCAGUGCUUCGACGGCAUCACUUCCAUUCUCUUCAUGGUCUCAUCCAGCGAGUACGACCAGGUGCUGAUGGAGGACCGGCGUACCAACCGCCUGGUGGAGUCGAUGAACAUCUUCGAGACGAUCAUCAACAACAAGCUCUUCUCUAAUGUCUCCAUCAUCCUCUUUCUUAACAAGAUGGACUUGCUGGUGGAGAAGUUGUUUAAGGUGAGCAUCAGCAAGCACUUUCCUGAUUUCCCCGGGAACCCUAAGCGGCUCGAGGACGUGCAGAGCUUCCUGGUGCACUGCUUCAAUCGCAAGCGUCGCAACCGAAGCAAACCGCUCUUCCACCACUUUACCACAGCUAUCGAUACGGAAAAUAUCCGCUUUGUCUUCCACGCAGUCAAGGACACUAUUUUGCAGGAGAACUUGAAAGACAUUAUGCUGCAGUGACAAGUCCAACAUGCAGCUCAUAUUAAGGAUAUGUACCACUGUAGUUCU